AUGGCCCUCUUUCUCAGUAAGAGACUGUUGAGAUAUACAGUCAUUGCCGGCACGGUUAUUCUUCUACUGCUAACAUUGAACUCCAAUAGUAGCACUCAGCAAUAUAUCCCAACUUCCUUAUCUUCUGCACUUGAUUUUUCCUCAGGACCUAUACUCCCUGAACAGCAGGCUAUCUCUGAGGAUACCGAUGCUGAAAAAUUAAGGCAACAUGCUUUGAAUCCAGAAGCAGACGACGACUCUGAAGCCAUGGAUGAAGAAUCCAAGGCUUUGAAGGCUGCUGCUGAACAGGCAGAUGCCCCAAUAGACGCUAAAACAACCAUGGAUUACAUUACUCCAUCUUUCGCUAACAAAGGUGACAAACCAAAAGCUUGUUACGUCACUUUGGUGAGGAACUCCGAAUUGAAAGGUUUGCUAAGCUCCAUUAAGUAUGUGGAAGACAAAAUUAACAAGAAAUUUCCAUACCCCUGGGUUUUCUUAAACGAUGAACCCUUUACCGAAGAGUUCAAGGCAGCGGUCACCAAAGCCGUUUCUUCUGAAGUUAAAUUCGGUAUUUUGCCCAAGGAACAUUGGUCAUAUCCUGAAUGGAUUAACCAAACGAAAGCCGCUGAAGUCCGUGCAGAUGCUGCCAAUCAGUACAUAUACGGUGGUUCCGAAUCUUAUAGACACAUGUGUCGUUACCAAUCUGGGUUUUUCUGGAGACAUGAGUUAUUAGACGAAUACGAUUGGUACUGGCGUGUGGAACCAGACAUCAAAUUGUACUGUGAUAUUAAUUAUGACGUUUUCAAGUGGAUGCAAGAUAACGAAAAAGUUUACGGUUUUACCGUUUCUAUUCAUGAAUAUUUAAUAACUAUCCCAACACUAUGGGAAACAUCUAUGAACUUUAUCAAAGAGAACCCGCAAUACUUAGAUGAGAAUAACCUAAUGAGUUUUCUUUCGAGCGAUAACGGUAAAACAUAUAAUCUGUGUCAUUUCUGGUCGAAUUUUGAAGUUGCAAACUUGAAUUUGUGGAGAUCGCCAGCAUACAGAAAGUAUUUUGACACUUUGGAUCAUCAAGGUGGAUUUUUCUACGAAAGAUGGGGUGAUGCACCCGUUCAUUCUAUUGCCGCCGCUUUGUUUUUGCCCAAGGAUAAAAUCCAUUAUUUCUCAGAUAUCGGUUACCAUCACCCACCUUAUGAUAAUUGCCCAUUGGACAAAGAGGUCUAUAACAGUAACAACUGUGAAUGUGACCAAGGUAAUGAUUUCACUUUCCAAGGUUACUCUUGUGGUAAGGAAUAUUAUGAUGCUCAAGGAUUGGUAAAACCAAAAAAUUGGAAAAAAUUCCGUGAGUAG